UUUUAUUUUUUUGCUUAAAAUUGCCGUUAAGUUGAGCAACCGGCCACACCAGAACAUAACUCAACCAAACCAACAAACACAAACUCAAUGAAUUCAACUUUUUCUCAUCAAAAAUAAAAAGGCCACACCAAAAAUUUCAUUCUCUAUCUAGUCACCACUGCUCUUCUCUCUUUCUCUCUUGUUCAUGCUAAGAAUUCAAAGUGUGAUAUUUUUUGGAGUUUUAAUUCUCAUUUCUUCAAAUUAAGAUAUACUCUUGUUGUGCAUUAAGAAGAAUCUUGAAAAAUAAAUUGACUGCAAAGAUGGGAGAGAUGUCAAAAAUUCAGUUGGGUGUUAUUGGUGCUCUAUUUCUCUCUGUGGCUUCCUCUGUCUCCAUUGUCAUAUGCAACAAAGCCUUAAUGAGCAAUCUUGGCUUCCCAUUUGCCACAACACUUACAAGUUGGCAUUUGAUGGUUACUUUUUGCACCCUUCAUGUUGCUCUAAGGUUCAAUCUAUUUGAGGCCAAACCUGUUGACAUGAAAACAGUCAUGCUUUUUGGCAUUCUAAAUGGUGUCUCCAUUGGAUUUCUCAACUUGAGCCUUGGCUUCAAUUCAAUUGGAUUCUACCAGAUGACAAAACUUGCAAUCAUACCAUUCACAGUUAUGCUAGAAACUAUUUUCCUGAAGAAGCAGUUCAGCCAGAAAAUAAAACUGUCUCUAUGCUUCUUACUUAUUGGAGUUGGCAUUGCCUCUAUCACAGACCUUCAGCUCAAUUUUGUUGGAACCAUUCUUUCACUUCUUGCUAUCAUAACAACAUGUGUUGGCCAAAUUCUUACCAACACAAUACAGAAGAAGCUUAAUGUGACUUCCACACAACUUCUCUACCAGUCUGCUCCAUUCCAAGCAGCAAUUCUUUUUGUUUCAGGCCCUCUUGUGGAUAAGAUGCUAACCAAGCAAAAUGUCUUUGCAUACAAAUAUUCUCCUAUAGUCUUGACUUUCAUCAUAAUGUCCUGUGUGAUAGCUGUUUCUGUGAACUUUAGCACCUUUCUAGUUAUAGGAAAGACAUCUCCUGUAACUUAUCAAGUGUUAGGCCAUCUCAAGACUUGUCUUGUUCUAGGAUUUGGCUACACAUUGCUCCAUGACCCUUUCACUGAAAGAAACAUCAUUGGAAUACUUGUAGCAGUUUUUGGAAUGGGCUUGUAUUCUUAUUUCUGCACUCAAGAGAACAAAAAGAAACUGUUAGUCGAACCACCUUUGGCAUCUCAGGUUAAAGAUAAAGAUAAUUCACCACUUUUGAGUGGUAAAAACAUGGAUAAUCAGGAAAAGGAGAGUCAGGAGUCUAAGAAAGCAAGCAAGGACUCUCUUGUUUAAAAGAAAAUGUUUUAAUUUGUGCUUUUUAUUAAGAUCUUUAAUAUUUUGGGGGUUAUUUCAAUGUUCAGUUCAGGGUACCUUGUCUAGUGUAAAUCAAAUUUUGUUUAGAGAUUCAUUUUGAUGAACUCUCUCAAUGUAAAAAAAAAAGGAAGAAAUAUGUAUACCCUUAUUAUCCAAUUAUUAUAUACUGUCAUAUUAUUGCAAUGUAUCUUUGAAUGAUGAUGCAAAA